GUAAAGUUGUUGUCUGAGGUCUUGUGAAUAUGUUCUUAAAUUUCAUUUCCCGAUAGGUUUUAGGAAAGAAUCCACAGACCAAAAGUUGUUGGGGAUCAUGUCGUCGUUUCCUGAUAUUGGUCUUUGGUGGUAAUAGGAAGUUCUACCGUCAAGCUUGCAGGUUAGCUUCCUGUUACCAAUAAAUAAAAAGUCUCAAAUCGGAUAUGGAAGGUGAUUUCCCUGUUCUAUGGUAAUACAACAACAACAACAACAACAUACCGAGUGAUUUCCCUGUUCUAUGGAGGCUCCAGAAUUCACCAAGAACAUGCAAGACAACUGGCUAGAACUGGGAAGAUCACCUCCACCUGAGCUUCUGAGGAAGACACAUCUCAAGGCGAAUAAUGAGUUUGUGGACAAAUCUAAGACCGCAUAUGUAAGUGACGUAACCCUUUCUACUUUUAUCUGGAUGAUGCUGUCAUAUCUAAGAUUACACCUGUAUCUUAGCCUGAAGAUUGAUCCAGCGAACCUCCUACAAUUGACUUUUCAAAAAUUUAUUUGGAUGAAGUGGGUGGGAUUAAGAAGACGCACCUUUAUGGUGUUGGUCUUCAAGCACCUUUCUAUGGGCAUGUUGGUGAAUCCUCCGCGUUCGACAUCUCGACUUUGAUGCUAGAGUGCAAGAAUUUGUUGGACAUCGUCUUCAAGAAAUGAAGCAUGAGAUCAGAGAAGAGAUCAAACAAGAAAUAAGGGAAGAAAUGCGACAAGUAUUGCGUGAAGAAUGAGACCUGAAGUGCAACAAGAGGUGCAAGAGCAAGUUAAUCAGAUACUUCAAGUACAUUGUUCGGGCAUCAUAGCUCGCUUACCUUCACCUCCUUCUGGUAGACCUGACACCUCCUCGAAUCAUGAAACAAGUCAUAUUUAGGUCAAUUUUAGAUUGUUUUAUGUUAGACACACUUUGGAUUGUUUCUUCAAUUCUAUGAUAGAUGUUAUUAUUUAUGAAAUAGGUAAUGUUUUUUGGAUU